GGCAGCCAGCCAGAGUUGCCAGGAAAAGACAGGGGGGUGAGAGGUGACUUACACUACCCUGGUGUGUGAAGUCUAAAGCUGCAGUUAUGGGCUGCACAGGCAGCAAACUACGCUGCCCACGGGCCAGGAGAAAGAAACACUCAAAAGCAAAUCCAGAGGUAAAGCAGUUAAAUGAUAUAGCCGCUGACCAUAAUGGGCAAAACAUCAAGGAAUAUGAUCAGCAAAUCAGAGAUAUCUUGCACAAACAUGAGGAGGAGAAGACAGAAGUUGCUUAUGCUCACAAAGCUGAGAUGGAAGCACGGAUCCUGGAUCUACAAGAGCAGGCUCGAAAGGAUACAGAUGCAGAAAUUCAGAAGCGGCUUUCAGAACAGGCUGCAAACAUGAAAUUGGAAAUGGAUGAGAAAUGUGGAGAACUGCAGAGGAGUUGUGACGAAAAGACUUUACUUGUAGAAACCUAUGAAAAGCUAAUUGCUUCCCUUAAGGAGUCCCUGGAAGAAUUAAAUUCUAAAGUGGCUCAGUUUGAAGAGACAAUGAAGCGAGUUGAGAAAUCUGUGCUAAACCAGGAUUACAAGAGACACAUCCAGGACCAUGGAAGUCCAGGUCAGUUCUGGGAGCAGGAGCUACAGAGUUUGCACUUUGUUAUAGAAAUGAAGAGUGAGCUGAUUCGUGAGCAGGAAAAGAAACUGCUAAUUUGUGAAGCCACGAUGGAUAGAAAUUUCACAUUAGAGGAGAGAGUACGUAGUCUGCAGCAGGAAAAUGAAGCUCUGAGAGAGCAGACACAGAAACAGACAGCUGCCACCAUCCGUUUGUCAGAAGAGCUUCUGAAGGCCCAGGUAGCUCUAGAAAAGGAGAUUCAGGUCCGAGAACAGCUUCAGCGGGACAAAGAACAACAUUUAUACCGGGAAAUGAAUGGUGAUGUUCCACCCAAAUUCUCAUUGCCAACCAACACUCAGAAUGUUCCUUUAAUUGUGACGUAGAACCAAUCACUGUUAAGAAUGUUGGACACAAGAAGCCAGUAACUGACAAGAGAGAUGGAUCCAAUCUCUCACUCCUUGGACAUUAUAAAAAUCGUUUUAUCAUAUUAAUCUUUUUUUUAUGCCAGUAUACCAGUUAAUUGUCACCAUUCCAGGUUUUAGGCUUUCACUCAUUCACAUAUAUUUAAUUUAUUAUUUCUGGAUGUACACUUCUUAGAACACAAAUGUAUAUACAUUUUUAAACUUUUUAGCCAUUCAUUAAAGGGAUAGAAAGGUCACAAAUGAAAUGUGUAUGUGUGCGUUACAGUUUAUUUUUAGAGGCAUUUUUGCACUAUACGUUCAUUAGCAUAAAUUCUUCUAGUAAAAUGUAUUACUGUUUUUCUGCGGCAUAUGCACAUAUCCUGAGAGGGCCUGUGCACCAGUAUUCAAAUACCAUGCCUGUAGUUUGUAUUGCUUCUUAAAACAUAAAUUGUGUAAUGUAAACCACUGUUGACUCUCUGAGAAGGUGUUGUGUUUGAAUACUGGUGCAUAUGUGCGUAUGCCACUGAAAAAUAGUAAUAACUUUUACUAGGAGCAUUUUUGCUAAUGGAAGUAUAUUGCAAACAUGCUUAUAUUUCAAAUGUAAAUGCUCUUAUGCACAAUUUAUUUUUUACCUUUCUGUCCCUUUAACUUUCUCUUGUGCCUUAUCACUGAUAAUUAAGCCUAUAUCUGAAGGUGCCAAACUGACAGGUGUACAAUCAGAAAUAAUAUUAAGUCUAAAAACUUUUUGUUUGGUCUUUAUGUGCAACUAUAUAUUAUCAAAUAAUUUCUAGUUUUAAGUAAACUUUCUAUUUGUUAGGAAAGGCCAAUGGCUGACCAUCAUAAAUUACCACUGAUACAGCAGGCUGUAAGAGAGCACUUUCAUUAUGUUUUAUUUCUGUAUAUAUAUAUAUUUUAUGUCAAAGUUAUUGUAAAUAUGAAAAGCUCUUAGUAAGACCUGUGUUUUUAUAUACAUAUAUUAAAAAAAUGGGGAAAAAAAGAU